CCCAGUUCAAAGAUGGCAGCCAUGGGACAGAGACGAGAGACGACACAAAUUUAGGACUUUUGUCAUGAAACAAAACUGGGUUGCGGAGCUGAUACCUCCAUUGUUUUGACAUAACAGUGAAUUAAACUGUCACCGCCAAUGUGUCGUCGUAGGAAUAGUUUAAAAGGGUUCAGAAAUAUGUUUUCCUGUGGGCUAAGCUAGCAAGCAGAGGUUAGCAAAUAAAUGAACUUGUCUCUUCUGCCACACAAGAAGGAAGCAGUUGCCUUUCAUACGGUCUAUUGGCAUCUUAUAAGCUCAAUUUCAUCAUGGCCAUCUCUCAGUUCCGUCUAUUUAAGAUCUGCACAUGCCUAGCCAGCUUUCUUUCUUUCUUUAAAAGAUUAAUAUGCAGGACUGGAAGGGGCCGCAAACUCAGUGGUGAUCAAAUAACUCUCCCAACAACAGUGGAUUUUUCAUCAUCUGUACCAAAACAGGCAGAGAUUGAGGAAUGGAGCUCUUGGGAUGAAGAGGCUCCUACAAGUAUUAAGAUUGAAGGUGGCAACGGCAAUGUCUCCCCUCCACCCAACGAUGUAGAUGAAGAGCCGGACUACUUCAAAGACAUGGCUCCCACCAUCAGGAAAACACAGAAGAUUGUGUUGAAGAAAAGGGAACCUUCGAACUAUCUGGUGCCUGAUGGCUCAGCAGGCUUCUCCAGCAGGUUGGCAGCCUCUCAGGAUAUGAUGACUUUCAUUCCCCCCUCAGCUGAACUGGGUGAAAUGGACACCUGGCAGGAGGACACAAAUGCCUGGGAGGAUGAGUCUGAUGCUGCCUGGGAGGCAGAGGAGGUGCUCAGACAACAGAAGAUAGCUGAGAGAGAGAAGCGCUUCAUGGAGCAGCAGAGGAAAAAGAUGGAGAAAGAAGCUCAGAGAAUGAUGAAGAAGGAGCAGAAAAUUGCCGUCAAGCUCUCAUAACAUUUUAAAGAGGCUCACUUUUGAGCAACAGGAAUUGGGGGUGGGGGAGGGGCAAAGACGCUAGCUCUGUCUUUAAAGUCACCAAACCUACCAGGAUUCUUACUGUACACUACUCACAUGUUAGCAGAUUGUCCUCCUCCUCCUUUUUUCCACCAGCAGCAUUUUAGUGUGUUUUCCAGCUGCAGCAGCAUAAAACAUGGCAAUG